AAUAGACACGUGGUCACAGUUGCACGCGCAAGCGAGUGUUGAAUCGGCCAUAUCUUGGCGGACAGCCGCUGAUUGGCAAUCGGGAGAAGAGCAUCGGAGGCCAAGUCUCGAGAGGCAAAACACGUUGUAUGACGAUAGCAUAGGCUACGGGUAUGAUGCCUACACAACUAGUACGCACAUUAGGGACCACUCACAUAUAUCACAGCAAGCGAGCUACGAAGAGUACUAUGACGCUACGAGCUACCCGUACCCGUUCGAGCCGCCGCCGCCGUGGGAGCAGCGCUUCCUCUACGACGACUGCGGCCUCAACCCCAUCGAGUAUGAGAACAUCAUCAAUAAACGCCGCUCCUCCGUUGUGCAACUGCCGCAGAUGCCUCCGAAACAAUUGCCGCCAUCAUCUCGAUAUUCAGACUAUAAUGAAAUGGCGCCGUACAGACCGCGGCCGCGACGUACCGCGGCCAGUCUGCCGGCCACGCCAUCAUCAACGCCGAAGCGAGGUCGCGCGCUGCCCGUGCCGCCAGGCAGCGAGUCGGGCUGGAGCCGCCGCGGCCGACGCCUGCCGCGGCCCCCCGCCCACCGGCAGCAGCCCGUACCACCCGCCAGCUAUACUAAUGUGCCUUACACGCAAGAAACUGAGAGAACGGUACCCGAUGUUAGUUAUGGUUUCCAAAAUUAUGGGUAUCAAAAAUACCAAGACACUGCCAUUGAACAGUAUCCAGAUAAUAAUUAUACUGCUAGCGAUGAAGAUGGGAUGCAACCUUUCUUUAAUGAGACUCCCCAUGCGACACCCUCAGCAACAACAGCACAAAAGACGACUUGGGGUGAGACGGAGAGUUCAGCACAGUUUUCAUACACGGUUACCGAGGAUGACAAUACAUAUAUAUCGACAACUGCGCCUUCGAAAACAUAUUCAUUUGUAGAACCGCCGGUUACGACGAAACAAGAAGUUUAUCACGACACGAAUUAUCAAACGUACGAUUCCCAAUAUAGUGAACAGCAACAGUAUCAAUCGUACGAUACACAAAAUCAGUUUUAUCAUGACGAUCAAAAUCAAUACCUGGAUCAAAA